AUGGUUAGCAACUCAGCAUCUCCACUGGAUAUACUCUUGUGGGCCAUUACAGGAAUUGUAUCCAUGGCUUGUCUUUUAGGAAAUGGAUUUAUCACAGUUGUGCUGGGACAACAAUGGCUUCGAAACAGAAAGAUGCUGACCUGUGAUUGCCUCCUGAUUAGUUUGAGCACAUCCAGAUUUGUGAUGCAGCUGCUAUCCUCAAUGAACGUUCUUCUUUAUCACAUCUCCUCAGAGACACAUGUGGAUUCUUCCAGACAGGCAGUUGUGAAUGUUAUCUGGAUGUUUUUCAACAUAGCCAGUCUCUGGUGUGCUACUUGGCUAAGUGUUUUCUAUUGUGUGAAGGUCACUAACUUUGCCAAUCAUGUCUUCCUCUGACUGAAGCAAAGAAUCAACAUGCUUAUACCCAGACUCCUUGGAAUUUCAGUAAUCAUUUCCAGUAUCUUCUCUCUUCUUCCACUUGUUAAAUAUUUUGAACAUAAAAAAUCUGGCAAUCUAACAGAGAGUCUGCCAGGAAGUGUCAUCCAAAGUGGGUUAUAUCACAAACUAAUCAUUAUUUUUCUUCCUCUGCAUUCUGGUUAUAUUUGUAUAAAUUUCACCCUAAGCAUAAUUACAUCUAUUCUUUUGCUUGUCUCUCUUUGGAAGCACACAAAGAAUUUGAAGAAGAGUGGUGCUAGUGUUAAAGACAUCAGCACUCAGGUCCAUAUCAAUGUCAUAAUAUUAAUGUUGUUUUAUGUCUUCUUCUAUGUUCUGUAUUUUAGUAGCAUGAUAAUUUUUGUCAGUGAUGUUAUUAGGCUUGGAGGCACUGAACGACUAGUUUUGGACAUCUUUAUAACUACAUUGCCUUCUGCACACUCUAUUAUAUUAAUAUCGACCAAUCCCAAACUGAAAGAAAUGGCCGCUCGCAUUCUGAAUAUCAGACAGAGAGCUUCAUAA